UGUUUUGAAUGGAAUUGGGCUGAUUCAUCGCCGGUUCGCAGAACCAGAACCAGGCCAAGUGUGAGCCCCGUCGCCGCGCCUCGUCACGGCAGCUGCAAGUCCAGGGUUUAGACCGCGUCCUGCCGGCUUUCUCUCGCUUUCAGGAGAGAGGGGGGAAAAAAAAACCUUGGAAAAAAUACGUCUGCCAGAAUUAGCAAGAACUUAAGCUAAGCAGAAACUUACAAAAUUCAACAAAUUAACACCUCAAGAGUUGUAUUUACUGACCAGAAAUAUGGACAGACUUCUUAGACGUGGAGGAGGCAUGCCUGGACUGGGCCAGGGGCCACCUACUGAUGCUCCUGCCGUGGACACAGCGGAACAAGUCUCUAUCUCUUCCCUGGCACUGUUGAAAAUGCUCAAGCAUGGUCGUGCUGGAGUGCCAAUGGAAGUAAUGCGUCUGACGCGUGGAGAGUUUGUUGACGAUUACACCGUCAGAAUGAUCGAUGUGUUUGCAAUGCCACAGUCAGGAACAGGGGUUAGUGUGGAGGCGGUUGACCCAGGGUUCCAAGCCAAAAUGUUGUAUAUGUUGAAGCAGACAGGAAGGCCUGAGAUGGUGGUUGGUUGGUACCACAGUCACCCUGGCUUUGGAUGUUGGCUUUCUGGUGUGGAUAUUAACACUCAGCAGAGUUUUGAAGCCUUGUCGGAGAGAGCUGUGGCAGUGGUUGUGGAUCCUAUUCAGAGUGUAAAAGGAAAGGUUGUUAUUGAUGCCUUCAGAUUGAUCAAUGCUAAUAUGAUGGUCUUAGGACAUGAACCAAGACAAACAACUUCAAAUGUGGGUCACUUAAACAAGCCGUCUAUUCAGGCAUUCAUUCAGGCAUUCAUUCGUGGACUAAACAGACAUUAUUACUCUUAUCGGAAAAAUGAACUGGAACAAAAGAUUUUGCUAAAUUUGCAUAAGAAGAGUUAGAUGGAAGGCUUGACACUUCAAGACUACAGUGAACAUUGUAAACACAAUGAAUCCGUGGCAAAAGAGGUGUUGGAAUUAGCCAAGAAUUACAAGAAGGCUGUAGAGGAAGAAGUUAAGAGGACACUAGAACAGCUGGCAGUAAAGAACGUUGGCAAGCAGGAUCCCAAACGUCAUUUGGAAGAACAUGUGCAUGUACUCAUGACUUCAAAUAGUGUCCAGUGUUUAGCAGCUAUGUUGGAUACUGUGGUAUUUAAAUAA